CUUAUAAUAAACUGCUUAGUGCUCAAGAUAAAGAUACUAUACCAGCUGCAGAGAUUCAAGAUGAAGCACUCUGGUUCAUGAAGUUGACUUGGAACAUGGCACUUCAGUCCAAGGGUGAUCCUUUCUGCAUGAAGGAGUUCUUUAAUCUCUGCUUCCAGCUAUUGUCACUGUGUGCUGCUGAUGUUGAGAACUACAGUAGACAUCAGAAUUGCCUGCUGAUGUCCUGUGCUGCAUGUCUACAGCUGGCAAGGCAAACCAAGGACCAGAAUACGUUGCAAAGUCUGCUAGAAGAAGUGUUGAUACAUGUAGAGGAAUACAGGCAAGCUGAGAAAAGCAAUCAGAACACUGUAUGGGCUCAAGAAGCAUCAUCUUCAGCAGACAUGUUUUUGCUAAUAUAUGAGUUCGAAGCGCUCACAAAACUAAAGGACCAGAGAUCAGAAUUAGUUCUAGAAAGAGCCUUUUCACUGCCCAUUCUGGAUCCAAAACUAUUUCACACUCUUGCAGCUCUGGCUGUUGAUCCUCCAGCUAACAACAGAAGAUUAAGUAUGAGAGCUCUGAAGGUUGCUAUCAGACAGCACUUACAAAUGGACAGUCCAGAUUUUAUCAGAUGCAGUGCUGAUGUACGGAACCUUAUUGAACUGUCGAUGAGUGGAAAUGAAGAUGAAGCUCUAGGAUAUUUCAAAGAAACUUUUGAGAUGAUUGAGCGAAGAGCUAAGGAAAAAUAUCCUGAGAUUGAAAUUCUGUGGUUGAUGACAAAAUCAUGGAAUUAUGGCUUGCAUCUCUACAAUUGUGGUAAAUUUCAAGAGUCAGAACAGUGGUGUGGAAUGAGUAUGCGGUUUCUCAAAUACCUGUCUUCUGUUAAAGAUGAUUAUGAAGAACAGAUGAUGUCACUGUACCAGGAGAUCAUGAACUGUCUUGACAAGCAAUCAGUUCUGACAAGUGUUAGUAAAUAG